AGGUCGACGCAGAUAAGUGAACUUGUUUGGGCUCUGUAGCUGGCAGUUUAAUGUUCCUGCUGGGCCGCACGGUUCUGCUGUCAUUCGCUCACAGACUCUCUAGCAGCUGCCGGUCUUCACUAUCGAAGCCCACUGGGGUCAGUUCCGUUCUAACAAAACUUAGAGGAAUAACUAGGGUUUCAUACCGUACUGCUUUUGGAAGCGCAAGCGGCCAACAUACAGGAGCCAUGCCCGAAAGAAGGCCCUUCGUACGGUUACCUACUGACGUUUACCCCGUCAACUAUGACUUGUGUCUGAAGCCAGAUCUGAUCGACUUCACUUUCGAGGGCAAGCUGGAGGCUCAAGUGGAGGUAACACAAGCCACAAACCAGAUUGUGAUGAACUGUGCUGACAUGGACAUCGUCACAGCUUCCUUUGCACCACAUGGAGGAGAUGAAAUAAACGCUACAGGAUUCAACUAUCAAAAUGAGGAUGAGAAAGUCACCCUGUCCUUUCCAAGUGCUCUACAGAAAGGCUGCGGCAUGUUGAAGAUCGACUUUGUUGGGGAGCUGAAUGACAAAAUGAAAGGAUUCUAUAGAAGUAAAUACACAACUCCUGCAGGAGAGGUUCGCUUUGCUGCUGUCACACAGUUCGAGGCCACUGACGCCCGCAGAGCUUUUCCUUGCUGGGAUGAGCCAGCCAUCAAAGCCACCUUUGACAUCACUCUGAUCGUCCCCAAGGACCGGGUUGCCUUGUCAAAUAUGAAUGUCAUUCAUCGAAAGCCAUACCCAGAAGAUGAAGACCUUGUGGAAGUAAAGUUUGCCACCACACCCAUCAUGUCCACAUACCUUGUAGCUUUUGUCAUUGGCGAAUAUGACCAUGUGGAGAGCCAGUCAUCGGAUGGCAUAACCGUACGCGUCUACACUCCAGUCGGGAAGGCAGAACAAGGGAAAUUUGCGUUGGAGGUUGCAACAAAGACCUUACCUUUCUACAAAGACUACUUCAGUGUUCCUUAUCCAUUGCCUAAAAUUGAUCUCAUAGCUAUUGCUGAUUUUGCUGCUGGUGCCAUGGAAAACUGGGGCCUUGUUACCUACAGGGAGACUGCACUGCUAAUCGACCCGAAGAACUCCUGCUCGUCGUCCAAGCAGUGGGUGGCUUUAGUGGUUGGACAUGAACUUGCCCACCAGUGGUUUGGAAACUUGGUCACCAUGGAAUGGUGGACCCAUCUCUGGCUUAAUGAAGGCUUUGCAUCCUGGAUUGAGUAUCUUUGUGUGGACCACUGCUUCCCUGAGUAUGACAUCUGGACCCAGUUUGUCUCAGCAGACUACACCCGUGCUCUUGAUCUGGAUGCACUGGACAGCAGUCAUCCCAUCGAGGUGAAUGUGGGCCAUCCAUCAGAAGUUGAUGAAAUUUUUGAUGCAAUUUCCUACAGCAAAGGAGCAUCAGUGAUCCGCAUGUUGCACAACUACAUAGGAGAUGAGGACUUCAGGAAAGGAAUGAAUGCAUAUCUUUUAAAAUUCCAACAUAAAAAUGCAUCAACAGAGGAUCUGUGGGACUGUCUGGAACAGGCCAGUGGGAAACCCAUUGCUGCAGUGAUGGGAUCGUGGACCAAGCAAAUGGGGUUCCCAAUAAUAGUAGUAGAUCAGGAACAGCGAGGUGAUGACUGCAUACUUAAGAUUUCUCAGAAGAAGUUCUGCGCCAGUGGACCACAUGAUGGUGAGAACUGCCCGACUUGGAUGGUCCCUGUUAGCAUUUGUACUAACAAGGACCCCAAAUGCACCAAACUCAAGUUUCUGCUGGACAAACCAGAGGACACCAUCACUGUGAGCGGUGUUGGCCCGGACCAGUGGGUCAAGAUCAACCCUGGAACUGUGGGCUUCUAUCGCAUCCAGUACAGCUCAUCCAUGCUGGAGAGUCUGCUGCCGGGAAUCAGAGACCUCAGCCUGCAGCCUGUGGACCGUCUCGGCCUGCAAAAUGACCUCUUCUCCCUUUCCCGUGCAGGGAUGAUCAGCACGGUGGAGGUACUGAAGCUGAUGGAGGCGUUUAUCAACGAGCCCAACUACACUGUGUGGAGUGACCUCAGCUGCAACCUGGGUGUGCUAUCAUCGCUGCUGUCCCACACCGACUUCUACGAGGAGAUCCAGGAGUUCAUCCGGGACCUCUUCACCCCCAUCGGCCUCAAGCUGGGCUGGGACAGCAACGCAGGGGAGGGUCACCUGGACGCCCUCUUGAGAAGUCUGGUUCUGGGGAAACUGGGUAAAGCAGGACACAAACCCACCCUGGAGGAGGCCAGACGGAGAUUCAAGGAGCAUGUUGAAGGCAAACAGAUCCUGCCUGCAGACCUGAGGAGCCCUGUUUACCUAACAGUGCUGAAGCAUGGUGACAGUGCCACGCUGGACACGAUGCUGAAGCUCCACAAACAAGCAGACAUGCAGGAAGAGAAGAAUCGUAUUGAGCGAGUGCUCGGCGCCAUAUCUGCUCCUGACCUCGUCCAGAAAGUCCUCAACUUCGCCCUCUCGGAAGACGUUCGUCCUCAGGACACCGUGUCAGUGAUUGGGGGAGUGGCAGGAAGCAGUAAACAAGGCCGCAAAGCUGCAUGGAAGUUCGUCAAAGACAACUGGGAAGAGCUUUAUAACCGCUACCAAGGAGGAUUCCUCAUAUCACGACUCAUCAAGCUAACUGUCGAUGGAUUUGCGAUUGAUAAAAUGGCAGCUGAAGUGAAGAGUUUCUUUGAGAGUCACCCGGCGCCGGCUGCAGAGCGCACGGUGCAGCAGUGCUGCGAGAACAUCCUGCUCAACGCCGCCUGGCUCAAGAGAGAUGCAGACGACAUCCACCAUUACUUUCUGCACCGCAAAGCGCCCCCUGUCUGAGCUGCCUGCCCCACCACCUCCUCCACCUCCCCCACCUUCACCACAGACCUAAGGGAAGACGAGCGCGUGCUUACAGCGGGCUUCAUUACUCAAACUAUACGCAACAAUAAAAGCAAGCCACAAACCGAACACAGCUUAGGAGGAGACUUUUCCUACGUUAACAAGCAAAUUCCAUGUUAGGCAAACCAAGAAUGUUUUUAUUAUUUUACCCCCGUUCUGUCCACAGCUGAGGAGCCUUCUUCCAGUUGGUAAAAUGGUUCUCCAUAGAGUGGUUUGAAGUGCGCUCCUCCUCUGCGUCACCCCCCCCCGUGUUGUUGCUGACACAUCUGUGAGCCCUGAUGUUCUCUCUGCAGCCACACAUUUUGUGCGCAUGGUUUUUACUUCAGUAUGUUCUUGUUGUAAACCAUUCAGCAGCGUUUCCCUUCUCUUUACUUUUUGUCUGGUGCUGUGGUGAACGCAGGGGGUGUCCGGGCAGAAUGGGGUUAAAAGCACCAGUGAGUGGUGUGGUUUCCAACAGUGAUGACUUGUUCAGUGCUAAUAAACGGUUAGGACCAGGUAAGCAGCACAAGCAUGGUACUAUAUUGUAAACUGUAUUGCAAGCGUAUUUUUGCUGAUUUAAAAAAACAAACAAAGCUAAUCUACUUCCAUCCUUCACUCCCCUGAACGCCCUCUCUGAGCCCUGGUCAGAGUUUUAAUCCUCUAAAGGCAUAUUUAAUGGCGUCUCUAUUCUGGAGUGCUUCAUCACAUCGGAUGCUGUGAUUUAUUUCAAUGUUUAAUCUUUAGUUCUGGGAUCCGGUAAAGAUAAGAUCACGACACUGCUUCAGAAUGAAAAGCACUGGGGGUGCUCCUCUGCGCAGCAUCGGCUGUGGCUUGGCCCGGACCUUCUGGACGUGACGGAUCUUCUGUGACUUUGCUGUUGAACUCAGUAGCCUUAAAGUGGUCGAUUGGUUUGCAGUAAAUAAAAACACUGAUGGUGGUAA